UGCCGCAUUCAUAGUUUCGGAACAGGAUGUAGCACUUGUUGAUUCCCGAGCGUUUCUACCGUACGUAAAUAACUAGGUUAGAAGCAUAAAAAAGGAAUUCUCUGCUCAGUUUUCGUUUUGUUUUCUCAUCGGUUUUAAAGGCUGUGUGCACAAGUUUUGAAAUUUCCGACCUUUUCAUCCUUUACAUACAACUGUUACUGAGGAUAAAACAGCAGUUGAUAUUUUGCAACGAAAUUCGUAUUGGAAUAAAUCGCUCCGGAAAGAUGCUUUUGUACGUGACGGUCUGAUGUGUUGCCGAUUCCGAAACUACUGGCUGAGAUUGCUAAUAAAAGAGCAAAGUAAAAUCGUUUGGGAUUUGCAAAGAAGGAAGCAAAUCGGUGAUUGAAGUCCUGUGUGUGAUGAACGCUCAGGUCAAAUUCUUACUUUCUUAAAAAAAAAUGUGUAGCUUUUGUUUUCAAUUUGCAACCCGCUUUGAUGUUUUGAAAGUCUGUGAUUCGCCGUAGCCAUAUGGAGUUUCACCGCAGGUGACAAACGAUUUGUGUCAUGAGUCGACAGUCUUUAUCGACUCUUCCUACUUUAGAUGAACAUGUGAAAUGGGAUUAUCUGCUGGCGGCCUGUUCGGACAGUACCUCCCGCUGUGAGCGCCGCUGCCAGUAUGUGCCGGACAUCUUCCAGCAGUUGGUUCCAAUGCGCGACGAGGUGGAACGCGAGUCCAGUGCUGUUGUCAGGUUCGAAGUGCCCGAGAAUCAGGUGCUGUUCAGUGGACAAGAGCGCUGUAUCCUGGCCGCCCAACGAUUCCUCGAUCAGAAAGCCCAGGACAUAGUGCUCGCCAAGAGCAGGGGAAAACCAUCUGAGAGCAUGGGAGAGAUGGGAGUGAUCAGUCAGGUCGGAACGCAGUCAAGAGAAGUGUUUCGGCAGGGCAGGAAUCUCGAAUCUGAAGACUCGAGCUACGAUUCCGACUGCGAAGUUGCUGAUUCCGCUGGCACUCCACAGAGCGAGCAGCCGGGAGGGGGCAGUGAGUCCUACGAUCCUCACCACGACGAUGUCAGCCGCACUGUGUCGGACACUCUGGGUGCCGAAUUUGCCGAGUACGUCACCCGGGAUCCUGUGGAAGCCGUCAUGUCCGAUCCGAAUUACACUGGACGAGUGGAAUUUGCCCUGAAGCUGGGGUACACCGAAAAGCAAGUACAGACUGCCCUGCAAAAGCUGGGUCCGCAGCCCAGCCAGAACGAACUGUUGGCCGAACUGAUUCGGCUUGGAGCGUCCGCGACCUUUCGAAAUCAAUCUCCAUCUGGGACAUCGGAAAGGACUGAUGAUACGAUUGACCAUUUCGAUGGUGGAGUGUCCGGGAGAGCUGACGGGGAAGAUCCAUCCAAUCUGCGGCAUAUCGUCAUCGAUGGGAGCAAUGUGGCAAUGAGCCAUGGCAAUAAGGAGGUGUUCUCGUGCCGGGGUAUUCAGAUCUGUGUAGACUGGUUUCGCGCGAGGGGUCACAAAAACAUCACCGUCUUCGUUCCUCGGUGGAGGAAAGAAAAUUCUCGGCCAGACGCCCCUUGCACAGAGCAGGAGAUCUUGGCCCAGCUGGAGAAAGAACGUAUGCUGGUUUUCACUCCUUCUAGACAUGUCGGUGGCCGUCGGCUGGUGUGCUACGACGACCGCUACAUCCUUCGCUUGGCUGUGGAGAGUGAUGGCAUUGUCGUCUCAAAUGACAACUACCGGGACUUGGCAAGCGAAAAUCCAGAGUUCAAGAGGAUCGUCGAGGACAGGCUCCUCAUGUACUCCUUCGUAAACGACAGAUUCAUGCCUCCUGAUGAUCCCUUAGGUCGGCAUGGGCCAUCCCUUGACAACUUCCUUCGCAAGACUCAUUGCCCUCCCCGAACUUCAGAGUCCCUCCCUCCCCCCUGCCCUUACGGAAAGAAAUGCACAUAUGGUAACAAAUGCAAGUAUUAUCAUCCCGAAAGGGGUAAUCAGCCCCAGAAGUCUGUGACAGAGAGAUUGGCAGAACAGGCCAAAAUACCCCUGCAGGAAGUCAAAUCAAGAGGGCUCAAGAGCCGAGAAUCAUCACCAGGUGAUAAAUUAAAAUCAUCUGUUCAAAUGCCCAGCAGUACAAAAGCCAAAAAACAACCUCUUUCCAGAACAAAAUCUCUUGUGCCAUCCUCAGCUCUUCCAGGAAAUUCUUCAGAUAAAAGUUCUCAGUUAGUGGAACGAACAAAAAGUGACGGAUCAGCUGUCAAGCAAGAUGAAAAAUCUGCUUUGCCAAAAAUGGGAAAUCCAUAUGGGACCCCAUAUGGACCACCAUGGUCUUCUACAACAAUGCCACAGAUAUCAUUGACCACAGACUCUUCCCAACGUGGCUGGGCCACAAUCCCUACAACUCUUCCGCAUAACAUAGCUGGUUCUUGUGCUGAGAUGUUCCUUGAGCCUGAUGGUGGUGGUGGACAUUUGUUUGUAGCUAAACGGCUGUCAGACCCGGAUAACAAAGCUAUGAAAAACUUACCUUCAGGUCAUCAGCCACCUGAGAUGACUAACCUGCAUCGCAAACUGCAACGUCAGUUAACUCUUAAUCCUGCUUAUGAUCCACGACUUGUGCAGCUAGGAGGAUAUAUGGACCGGUCUUCCCACUCACUGGUUUCUCAACCCCAAGAAAAUCCAGCUGCUUGGUCACGGACAGACAGAAUGAUUCCACGAUCCAACAGUCAAGAAAACGUUCAUCUACUGCAAAGUGGAUAUGGACAUGUCCCUCUUGGGAGGCUGGGAAGUGAUGGCAGCAGAGUUGCUGGCAAUUUUCCAAUGGCUUCUCCUCACUUAUGGGACACAGAUCCAUCAUCUGCACGUUUGGCAAUGGCACCUGAACACCAGACAGUGACUCGCAUUGCCAGUGCACCAGACUCCUGCCAUCAAUGGCCACCAUCUGCUAGGAUGCAACAUCUUAACAGCACAUCUGACACCCGGUUAAAUCUUUAUCCUGAUCAGCAGAUGAAUCCUCUGCAAUUAGGUAACUAUCCAGAAAUGCAACAGCAGAGACAUUGGUUGUCCCAGAGUCAUGGUUUAGAUCCACCAAGACCUAUGAUGGGAUCAUCAUGGCAAGAACAGUCACCAUCUGGCAUAGCUCGGGGUACAUCCCAAGUGUUGAGCCAACCUGUGCGACCGUCAAGUGUGCCACCACCAGGACUGAUUCAGACAGGACGACCUGCCUCCCCAGACUUCUGUGAUGGUGCAAGACACCGUCUGUACUUCCAUUUGGCUUCUAUAUUUCCAAAGGAACAGGUUCAAACUGUUAUGGAAAUGUACCCACAAGAAACAAAUCCACAAAAAAUAUGUGCAGCAAUACUUAGCAUGUUUCCAAAAGGAUGAACUUGAAGGGAAAACUAUUUAUUUCCUCUUCUCAAAUUGCUUCUUUCCAUUUGCACUGCUUGAAAGAUUGUGCAAUUACCCAUCCUAGAGCCUGGUCGUAAUAAAUAUAAAAACAUUUUAAUUAAAAUAUAUGAGGCGAAAUCUUCAUUGAUUGAUUAUGGUUAAGUUUCUGCAUAAGGCAAUAAGGAACAGGUUUCUAUUAGGAUUAAACCAAUAGAAUCAUUGGAUGCUUCAAGAACCAAAAGGAUUGAUCUCUUAAAUGAUUUUUGCACUUUUUAAAGGAACCAUUUCCUAUUGGUAAACCCCCCAAAAUUAUUCAUAUUAAUUGAAUAGAAACAAUAUCAAAUUUUAUAAGUCAACUUUUAAUUCUGACAAAUUAUGUAUGUUUUUUUAUUUAUUAACUUGUGGCAAUAUUGUUGUGAAAGUAUCAAAAUUUCAUGUAUAAUUUGACAGAAUUAAAAGGCAAACAACUGAAGCUACUGUUGAUAGAACUUGUGCUUUUAAAUUUCUACUAAAUGUUGUCAUUUUACUCAAAUACCUUUUUAAUAAUGUUAUGUGUGAAAUUUUUGAUUGCACUGUUGUCGAAUCUGCCUUAAUUUUAUUGACUAUUAUAUUUGUAGA